UCACAAAGCACUUUGCUCCCUGUCAAUAUUAUAUUUUGGAUGGGAUGACUGCUGCACAGAACCAUGAGUCGCAACUCUGGGGAACGAGAACCACUUCUGGGGGACCAGUCCAGAAGGAGAACAAACUCCAACUAUUCUGGGGAGCGCAGUCAGAGUAUCAGUGCACCGGAGACGUCACGGGAGGAGGAGGAGGAGAGUAUGGGGUUUACUGUGUUAGUCAAGAAGACGGCCAAAAAGCAGCUUAAUGACUGCUGCAGCAAGGAUAACCUGAAAACCAAACUUCCUAUCACUAAAUGGCUUCCACAAUACAGUCUACGCCAUUUACAAUGUGACGUGAUCGCUGGCUUGACUGUAGGACUGACAGUUAUUCCUCAGGGAUUGGCUUACGCUAAAAUUGCAAAUCUUCAACCUCAGUAUGGUCUGUACUCUGCAUUCAUGGGUUGCUUUGUAUACUGUUUCUUUGGGACUGCCAAGGACAUCACUCUCGGACCCACGGCCAUCAUGUCACUAAUGACAGCCACCUUUGCUACUUCACCGAUUGAGAAUGACCCGACUUACGCCAUCGUCCUCUGUCUCAUUACUGGCUGUGUCCAGCUUCUUCUAGGUCUCUUUAAUCUAGGAAUACUAGUUAACUUCAUUUCAUACCCAGUGAUCAAUGCAUUCACUUCUGCUGCAGCUAUUACCAUUGGUUUUGGUCAAGUUAAGGGGAUUUUAGGUUUAAACCAUAUUCCAAGAGAUUUUCCAGAAAUGGUUUAUGAGACAUGCAAAAAGAUUCCUGAGACCAAUGUCUGGGACAUGACCAUGGGACUGGUUUCCCUCGUUUUGCUUUAUUUGCUCAAGAGAAUGCGAAACAUUGACUGGAAGGAUGACCCAGAUGGGCCUGGACCAAAUCGAUGUGUAGCCAUCUGUCGCUACAUUAUAUGGAUCAUUGGCACUGCAUCCAAUGCCAUUGUUGUGAUCUCAGCCUCUGGUGUAGCAGCCAUUUUGAUCAGUCAAGGGAAGAACAACACACUCUCUAUCACAGGCAAUAUAAAGCCGGGAUUACCUGACUUCAAGCCACCAGACUUCUCGUACAGUAAAGAUAACAUUACCUUUUCAACUAAUGAUGUAUUCUCAGAUAUUGGUGCUGGGUUUGGAAUAGUUCCAUUGCUUGGAUUGGUAGAACUUAUAGCCAUAGGAAAAGCAUUUGCACGACAGAAUAAUUAUAAAAUAUUUCCUAGUCAGGAGCUCAUUGCAAUAGGUUUAGCCAACAUUAUAAGCUCUUUUGUUGGGUCUUACCCAGUGACUGGCAGCUUCUCAAGAACAGCUGUAAAUUCACAAAGUGGGGUAAAAACUCCAGCAUCAGGGAUAUUUACAGGUGUCUUGAUUGUACUGGCUCUGUACACUUUAACUCCACUGUUUUACUACAUUCCUAAGUCUGCCUUGUCUGCUGUGAUAAUAUUUUCUGUGAUACAAAUGGUGGAUGUGAGUGUUGUUAAAAAGCUCUGGAAAGUCAAUAAAAUUGACUUAAUUCCAUUAUUUAUUACAUUUCUGUCCUGCCUGGGUGUAGGGAUGGAGUAUGGUAUAUUGAUUGGUAUAGGAGUUUCUUUAAUCAUUCUUCUGUAUCCAUCUGCAAGGCCAAAAAUAAGGGUAGAAUAUGGUGAUGUUAGAGUCCUGAGGAUUGAUCAGGGCAUACUGUUCCCUUCUGUGGAAUAUUUACAGGAGCGCCUUAUUGAAGAAAACGAAGAGGGAAAGAAAAACCAUUCUAUAGUAUUGGACUGUAGUUGUGUGUCUGCUCUGGAUUAUACGUCAAUACAGGGCAUUACAGAGUUAAUUAUAGAUUUCAAGAGAAGAGAUGCCAAACUAGUGUUUGCAGGAUUCCCUAAAAAAGUACUGGAACAUAUACAGAGGGCAAAUAUCCCAGAAUUGCUAGUGAGUUCCACAGUUCAGGAGGGAUGCAAGCUUAUACAAGAACAAUUAACUCCAGAAUUUCCAGCAGUACAACAUACUAAAGUAGAAUUCAGUUCUCAUCUUUGAUAGCUCAUCAAUUCUCAUCAAUACUUCUUACAAAUACCCACAACUGUUUGUAUAAAUUAAUGUUUUGAUAUACAGACUUUAGAACUUGUUUACUGUCAACAUUUUUAAACAGCUUAUGUGUACUUACAUGUAACAUUCAUUUUGACUUAGUUAUUAAUCACUGAUAUAAAAAAAAAUGUGCCAAUGCCAUAUUUAUUUUAAUGUUCAUGUAAUUUUUAAACAGCAUAAGUGAACUUACAUGUUAAAUGCAUUUUGACCAAGUUAUAAGUCACUGAUACAAAAAAAAAAAAAAAUGUACCAAUGCCAUAUUUAUUUUAAUGUUUGUGUAAUGUUAAUUUUUUCAUUUAUUUACAAGGCACAUAUAUGGUUCAAACUAAUAUUGUAUGGGGGUACUUUAAUGACUGAUAAAUGUUUUCUUUAUUAUUCAGAUUUACCAUAUUGGUCUUAAAAAUUUUCAGCAAGUCUGAAAAUUUGUAAGUCAAUACAUUGAAUUGUUCUGCAGACUGAUAUUAAAAAUUUUGUUUACAUAAAUAUUGUUUCAGUGCACCUAACUAUUACUGACUGUUAACUAUCUGAUAUAUACUGAUUUUUAUAGAACCAAUAAGCACUUUAACCCUUUAGUAUGCCUGUGUAAAUUGAUUUGUUUUGUUUAUAUUUAACCAAGUCGGCUCAAACUUCAUUAUCACAAAUAUUUACAAUGCUUUUUUUAUUUUACCUGGUACUUAACGGAGAACAAAAUGAGAACAUUUCGAAUCUUGUUUUGAUGUAGAGUAAUUACUUAGAUGCUGUGCAUCAGACUCUCAGGGGAAGUAAGUGUGUAAUGAAUUGAUUGUAAGGAAAUGUCCAUGUCAUAUAUUUUCUUGAAAUGUAUAAUCAACUGUACUUUGCCCAGGAAAAAUGAAUGAUUUGUGCUAUAUAAGAAUCCUAUUUAGACAUAGUAAUGAUUUAUAUAAGUGAUACUAUACAUUUAUUGACUGGGUUCGAGGGCGACAUACCUUUUUUCAGACCAAAGAAUCACAGUUUGGUUUGAGAGGUUGACAAAACACAUUUUGCCCAAAAACACAGUCAAUAAAUGUUUUGUUAUAUCUUUUUACUUUUUAUUUUGACAUAUCUUCUUCUGGCUUCCAUGUUGUAAAUUUCAUUUACCCGCACUGCAGUUUAAAGUCGGUCAAGUUCUGUCAAACUCCAACGAAUGCAAAUAAGAUACAUGUAUAGCCGAUCCCGCCCACAGUAUGACAUAACCAAUAUCUCAUUGACAGGUCCAAUAUCUCACUCAUCAGUCAAACAUCGAUUUUUUUAAUGACCGAUCAGUAAAACAUUGGAAAUGUUAGAAUUUUUUUUAGCAUAGAUUCAUAUAGGAAACUACUUUUAAAGGUAUAAGAAUUCAUCUUGUCAAACUUCUUUUUAAUAUUUGACCAACAGAACAUUUAAUGUUCAAGUGCAAUCUAGGCUGAAAUGUAUAUGUGCAAUAUAAUACCUGUGUGUACAAUGUAAAUUCAUAUCAACUUAUUAAAGUUUUAAUUUGAUAAGAAAAUUCUUUUGAUGAAUGUAAUCAGUAGGUAAUAUGUAUGUAUUCUUAUGUAAUAAUGAUAUAUUUUGUUUAUUGUGGGUUGUAAAUCAUUUUGAUA